CGUUUUAAUGAGAAUUUAUGCACUUUUAUGUAUAAUCGCAAUAGCGUAUUGCACAUAAACUACAAACUAGGCAAGUAUGUUUGAUGAAUAGCUCGGAUUACUGACCAAAAGUAAAUUAGGAAAAACCAUGUUAAAUAUGAUAUCAUUGCAAUAAUUUACAGAAGUGGAUUUUAGUCCAUUAUAUGCAGCUAUAGAUGACAUAGUUGAAUCAACCUAAUAAGCAAAAUAAGAUGAAGCUGAAUCAUUGGAUUCUUUCUUUUAGUAAUUCUUGAGCGAUUCAGAGUUCUAUUAAAAUCAAGUUACAGAAUACAAAACAGAAGUUGCAUAACAUGAGAGUGACAUUACAACAUUCAAGAAGGAUAGAAACAGCUUAUAAUAAAGUUUAUAUGAUAAAAGCCAAUAAUUGAGUGAUUCCCAAAAAAAUCAAGCAUAAUUGCAAAGAACAGUGUAGAAUAACGAUUAGGCAACAGCAAAGAAGACAGCAGAAUACGACUAAUCAAUUUCCAUAGUUGACUAAGUUAUAGCAAAAUUGCAAUUGAUUAAAUAGUCAUCAUUUAUUGAAGUAAACAAAGAGGAUCUGGCUGUUUCAGCUGCCACAUUCUCAAGAAGAUUGGGUGAAGUAUCUCAUCUUCCUCAUCUUUUUGAGCCAUUGUCAAAAGUAUUGAUCUAAAUGAGCACAUAAGGGUUUGCUGAUUAAGAAUAAGCAGGAAAUGCAGUCAAGUUACUUCAAAGUUUGAGGGAAGAUUUGGUGGCCACAAAAUAGGCUUUAUUAAUGAAUGCUCAAUUGGAAAAGGACACCAACAAUGGAUUGUUGACUUCUUUGGAGGAGAACAUCAAUUUAUUGAAUAACGAGAUAAUUCCAUAAUUGAAAGGAGACAUUGAAACCAAGGAUGGUGAAAUCGCAACCAAAUCAGGACUUUUAAAGGAUGCAUAAUCUAAUUUGGAUACUGCUUAGGCCAAUCUUGAUAAUGUGAAUGCUGGAUGGGUUGCUAGAUAGGAAUAGAAUAAGCAACUCAAUGACGGGUGGGAUAAUGAGUUGAUGUUGUUAUCUUAAGCCGAAUCAGCUUUGGAGAGAGGAGGAAUUAGAAGAUUGUGAACAAUAUUAUAAGCAAUUUAUCAGAUAAUAUUUAUAAAUUUUAUUUGUGA